GUCAAAUGAAGUCGUUUGGCCUCCGCACAUAAACAACAAGUUUUCUUAGCCUCUUACAGAAUAGGGCUUCCAGCUGGCUGAGCAGGCGUCCAAUCGUGGUCCAAUUGGCGGCCACAAUAUGUCCAGAGCGCUUCUCACGCUCGCCUAUUUAGUGCUCACCUAUUGCUCCAUUGUCUUCACGGCUUGCGUCAACAACGUGACUGGCACUUCCACCACUGGCAGCUCGACCGCAUCGGGACCCAACUCCGCGGGCAGCCUGAGCACCUCGCUGACCAGUGGCGGGCACAUACAUCGCACCGCAGCGGCCAUUGAGCGGGUGAACAAGCUCUGGUGCUAUGCCUGCGACACCAUGGACGAUGGACCGGGCUGUGUGGAUGUGCUCGAACGGAAUGACACGUCCAUGAUGAAGAAAUGCCAGGGCGAAGAGUUCAUUUGCAUGGUCAAACGCUUCUCGUACACUACGAGCACUGAGAACUCAACGAGCUCGCCCAAGAUGUGGUCGUUGGAUCGUCGCUGUACUGUGAACUGUGAGCCCGGUUGCAUUGUGAUUGGGGAGCGCACUAAGCUCUAUGCGUGCACCUCCUGUUGCGAGGAGUCCUUUUGCAAUACGGGCAGAGGUGGCGCCGCUGGCAUCUUCCAUCGUGAGGCAACGGGCAUUGGCACGCGGCUCUUUUGGCUUGCUGCCCCAUGUCUGGUCAACAUAUCGCUAAUGCUCUACAAACGGCAUGCCGGCCACGCGCUCAUCCAACUGCAGUAGUACCUCGAAAAUGGAAUUUAGCCGAUUUAAACUCUUCACUUGCUCCAAUCCAAAUCCAAAGCAAACAACUAGCCAAACGAGUUUAUCUGCUCCCUUAAAACACUAUUUUACCUAGUCAUAGAUUAAGAUAUAAUACUACGAACUAUUUACUGUGCACAGCCUGCGCCCUUCACGAUCUGUGCUUGUGUACAUCUUGUUAGCCCAAAGAUUAAGGUGUGAUAAUAAAUGAAUCCAAGUGUCAAAGUGUGAA